AUGAAUAACACAGAUAAAAAUUCCAUCUCUUUGCUACACGCCAUGUACAAUGAGAUACUAUCUUUGAAGGCAGGCCAAGAAAAGGCCAAACUUGAAAGAAAGGCACAGAUCGAAGAGUUGAAGCUCAAAAUGAAGACGAGCAUCAAAGAUUUGAAUUUGGAGAUUACUGCUCUCCAGAGCCAACUGGAGAAUAGAAACAUUUCCAACCAACACACUUUGCCUUCUGUCUCUGCCAUUUUUAGUGCUAAUACCAUCCGCAAACCGGUGAGCAUAUUCCAUGAAAUAACUUUAAAGCAUAUCUUCAAGAUGAUAAGUGAAGACCUUGGCAUUGAAGUAACAAGUAACAAAAAGGCCACACUCAAUAUGUGUACAAAGCUUAUAUGUGAUGAUAUGGCUGCCCAUCCUUCGGUGAUCGCUCUUGGUCCUAAUCCUAGCUGGGAGUCUAUAACAGUAGCACUUAAGAAAGAAAUGUGUGCCAGGCACGCAAAUAUAAUGAAGGAUUCUGGUAUAGACUUCACUAGAUGUCUCGGAAAAUUGGGCAUCAACUGCAAGAGUUGCACAUCUCUGGAGGGACCGCCAUAA